GUUAGAUUGUUUUACAAUACAAAAUGAGUUCUUUAAAACUUUCCUCAACAAUUGAGGCUCGUCACAAAUGCCGGUGUUGCACACAACCUGCUGUAAAUUCUAUUAAACUGGAGACGUUUGUGAACAAUUGUGGGGAUGUGGAAAAAACCUACAGGGAAAUUUUCAAUGAAAUCACUAAUCUCGAUGUACUGCGAAUACCGCCGUGUAAAGAGCAUAUUUUGCCUCAACAAAUAUGCAUGGAAUGUGGUACACAAAUUGUCAAUUCCUAUAAAUUUAUACAACAGGCCUGUAAAGUUACUGAGCUAUAUCUAAGACUAGGAGAAGAGCAGAAUACUCAAGAUGAUUUUAAAAGUUUACAAGAAACAUUUAUGGAAAUAACAGAAAAACCUAUAGUAGAGGAUGAUUACAAAGAAAUCAAAAUAGAACCUCUAAACAUUGAAUUUAGCGAUUUAUCUAAUGCAGAAACAGACGAAAGUGAACCAGACAAUGGAGAUAGAGCUUAUAUAGACAACUCCAAAGAAGAAAAUUCCUCCGAAGAAGAAGAUUUUAAACCUGUUGUGAAAGAAAAAGCUAGAAAGUAUUCUUGUAAUUUAUGUUCAAAUUCCUAUGUAAGCAAAUACAAUCUCCGCUAUCAUAUUCGUAGAAAACAUAUAGAAAAAACGCCAGUUAAAACGGAAAAAAAACCAAAACAAAAAGAUCGUCUUCUUUGUCCCUACUGUGGAAAGUCGUACAGUUUUUCAAAUAGCCUAAAAAUUCAUAUACGUACUCAUACGGGCGAAAGACCAUUUACCUGUGAUAUUUGUAAUAAAGCCUUCAGACGUAAAAUUGGACUAACAAUGCAUCUAGUAGUACACAGUGAUGAGAAACCUCAUAAAUGCCAUUUAUGCGGCAAAGGUUUUAAAAUAAUGGAUAAAUUAAAAUUACACAUGCGAGUCCAUUCGGAAUUGAGACCUUUUAAAUGUGAUCAAUGUGAAAAGUCUUUUAAGUACGCCUGCGUUUUAAAAUCACACAAGCUUAUGCAUACAGGAGAAUUGCCCUUUGCUUGUAAAACCUGUGGAGUCGCGUUUUCAUUAAGGACUUCAUUAAAUUAUCAUUGUUUAAAAAAUGCUCAUGAAAAUUCUUUAAAACUUUCCUCAACAAUUGAGGCUCGUCACAAAUGCCGGUGUUGCACACAACCUGCUGUAAAUUCUAUUAAACUGGAGACGUUUGUGAACAAUUGUGGGGAUAUGGAAAAAACCUACAGGGAAAUUGUUAAUGAAAUCACUAAUUUCGAUGUACUGCGAAUACCGCCGUGUAAAGAACAUAUUUUGCCUCAACAAAUAUGCAUGGAAUGUGGUACACAAAUUGUCAAUUCCUAUAAAUUUAUACAACAGGCCUGUAAAGUUACUGAGCUAUAUCUAAGACUAGGAGAAGAGCAGAAUACUCAACAUGAUUUUAAAAGUUUACAAGAAACAUUUAUGGAAAUAUCAGAAAAACCUACAGUAGAGGAUGAUUACAAAGAAAUCAAAAUAGAACCUCUAAACAUUGAAUUUAGCGAUUUAUCUAAUGCAGAGACAGACGAAAGUGAACCAGACAAUGGAGAUAGAGAUUAUAUAGACAACUCCAAAGAAGAAAAUUCCUCCGAAGAAGAAGAUUUUAAACCUGUUGUGAAAGAAAAAGCUAGAAAGUAUUCUUGUAAUUUAUGUUCAAAUUCCUAUAUAAGCAAAUACAAUCUCCGCUAUCAUAUUCGUAGAAAACAUAUAGAAAAAACGCCAGAAGAUGAAAUUAAAACGGAAAACAUCAUUUCAAAAGUAGAAAAACCAAAAGAAAGAGAACGUCUUCUUUGUCCCUACUGUGGAAAGUCGUACAGUUUUACAAAUAGCCUAAAAACACAUAUACGUAUUCAUACGGGCGAAAGACCAUUUUCCUGUGAUAUUUGUAAUAAAACCUUCAGACGUUCAAUUGGACUAACAAUGCAUCGAGUAGUACACAGUGAUGAGAAACCUCAUAAAUGCCAUGUAUGCGGCAAAUGUUUUAAAAUAAUGGAUAAAUUAAAAUUACACAUGCGAGUCCAUUCGGAAUUGAGACCUUUUAAAUGUGAUCAAUGUGAAAAGUCUUUUAAGUACGCCUGCGUUUUAAAAUCACACAAGCUUAUGCAUACAGGAGAAUUGCCGUUUGCUUGUAAAACCUGUGGGGUCGCGUUUGCAUUAAGGACUUCAUUAAAUUAUCAUUGUUUAAAAAAUGCUCAUGAAAAGUAAAAUAUGUAACAAAAUAAAUAAAAUGCAAUUUUUAGAACAAAA